UCUUUCUCAGCCAAUUUUAGACCAAAAAGAAGGAGAAAACAGAACAAAUAUGCAAAAGCACACACGGGCCCUCAAAAUUGCUACACAAAUUACACACGUUUGUAUGCACCAAUAGUAAUUGAAAGUGAUUCCGAAGAGUCAGAUGGGAGCAGACCAUAUGUUCAAGAGGAAAGAACGGAUGCAAUAACUGCUGCAGACAUUUUAUCAGAUCUCUCAUUGAAGAUCAUAAAGACAUCUUGCAGCAGAUUCAACAUAAAUCGAGCUAAUGUUUGGGAUGGAGCAGCUCGUGGUUUCAAACGAGCCUCAUAUGACCCCUCACAUGACAUGCUUGUCAAAUUCACAGAUGAUGAAGGGACAACUGAAGAUGCAGUAGACACGGGUGGUCCAAAACGUGAGUUUCUAACCCUCUUAAUGGACUGUUUAAGGACCCGAAGGAUCUUUGAAGGCCCAGAAAAUCAGAGAUUUCUCACAUUUAACAGUGCAGCUGCCAGAGAAGAUGAAUAUUUUCUUGCUGGACGGAUGAUCGCAGUUUCUAUAGUUCAUGGUGGUCCAGGUCCUCGCUUCCUCUCAGAGAUGCUGUACAAUCACCUUACUGGGAGGAUUGACUUUGAUGGAACAAUUGAAGAUGUAACAGAUGAGAUCAUGAAGACAGCCUUGCUCGAGAUAUCAGGUGCUGCAUCAUUAGAUGAAUUACACAAGCUCAUUGAUAAGUAUUCCAGCUUGCUGCAGACUGCUGGAUGUUUUGAGUAUCCACAAAGUGUAGAAGGCAAACAGAACAUUGUAAAGGAUUUCAUACAGUGGUACAUAAUAUACAGAAAUCAGUACUCAAUUCAGAGAUUUAGGGAUGGGCUUUCGACAUUGGAUGUCAUGAAUGCCCUGGAGCAGCAUCCAAUUGUAUUCAAACCAUAUAUGUGCUGUGGUGUUGAGAAACUCACACCUGAAUCAUUGGAGGCUAUCUUAAAGGCUCAGCUCAGUGAAGUAGGUAGCACCAGGCGACAAGAAGAAACCAGAAUACUUGGAUAUUGGAGAGACUAUCUACUUGACACAGGAGAACAAGAAGCAGGACUCUCCCUCCAGGACAUCCUGAUGUUUGCUACAGGACUGGAUUCACUGCCUCCUUCGACAAUUGUCCCUCAACCCAAACUAUGCUUUGAGAGGACAUCCAGCUAUCCCAUUUCCAGUACCUGUACCAACACAAUCAAAUUACCAAUGUCCAAAAGUUACGAAUCGUUCAAAAAUGCAAUGGACUUUGGCAUACAAAACUCACCUGGUUUUGGAUUGCAGUGAG